UCCUCCCAGCCAUGCCUCAAGCUUCGGAGCACCGUUUGGGUCGUGCCCGCGAUCCGACCGUCUCACCCGCUCAACCCAAAAGCGCCUCCAAGCUGCCGGGCCGGGCCUUGAGCCAGGAGCGCCAUUCCUUCACCUCAGCCCCAAACGGGUUUUCUCCAGCCCCAAAACUUCGCCUCCUCCCCCCCAGACCCGGAACGUUGGAAGAACGAAGCAAGAAAUCGGACCCGGAACGCGGCCGAGCCACCAAACGGGGCUCAACGUGCCGAAGGGGACCCCUAAAAGCGGACCACGGGGUGAGGGGUUCCCGGCUCCCCGCAGGCAGGGACGGCGCCGGGAGGAGCUUCCUUCUCUUUACCCGUCGGAACCGAAAGGAGGAGGAGCAAUUUGAGCCGGUCCAAAUCCGUCAGCAUCGGGGAUCUGAGCGGCGAGGACGUGGCGGCGGCGCUGAGCCGUUUGGUGCUGAGGGAUGGGGGGCAGCCGCUGAGCGCCGGGGCUCUGGCCCUAAAAAGGAGCUCGUCUCUACGGAGGGUCAACGUCGGAGCGGGGCUGGAUGGCAGAAGCGCCGCCCCGCUGCUCUCUGUGCGCCACGAGGGCUGCGCCAGGACUCGUGUCCCCGACCCCCCCGACGGCCCCGCGCCCCGCAGCCCCACGUUGGGCCCGAGCGCCCGAGGAGAAGGUGGCAGCUGGCCAUGCCUGGCCUCCAAGGCGCCCCGCUGGUGGAGCUGCCCCGAAAGCUGCAGCGCAGCCUCCUGCCCCGCCGCCAGCUGCAGCCUCGCGGUGCCGACAUCUCCGAGUCGGUGCUGCACACGGCUGUGCUGGGGCCUGCUCCUCGGUGGGGGGUUGAUGGGGGGGGAGGCGGCGAUGGAGCUGGUUUUGUGUCCCUGCAGACCCCCCACCACGCUCUGCUGUUGGGAUGCCACGUUGGACUCCGGAAUUUGGGGAACACGUGCUUCAUGAACGCGGUGCUGCAGUGCCUGAGCAGCACCAAACCGUUACGGGAUUUCUGCCUGAGGAAGGAAUUCCUCCAGGAGCAGCCGCCCGGAGCCCGCGGCCCACAGGAGCUCACUGAGGGAGGCAUCCCUGCAGCCUUCGCCGAUGUCAUCGCUGCCCUCUGGCACCCAGAAUCCACCGAGGCCGUCAACCCUGGGCGCUUUAAGGCCAUUUUCCAGAAGUACGUCCCUUCCUUCACUGGAUACAGCCAGCAGGACGCCCAGGAGUUCCUCAAGUUCUUCAUGGACCGACUGCACGCCGAGAUCAACCGCAAGGGCCGCAGGACCCCCAGCAUCCUGGCGGACACCCGGCGCAGCCCCCACCCCGAGGACAGUGAGAGCAUGAGGUGUGGGGAGGGGGGACCCCCGGGGGGGGGGGACGGGGGGGGGACGCUGUGGGGUCGUGGGGACCCUCGUGACCCCAAACUGCGCCCCACAGCGACGACGAAACGCGCCAACCUGAUGUGGAAGCGCUACCUGGAGAGGGAAGACAGCAAGAUUGUGGACCUUUUUGUGGGGCAGCUGAAGAGCUGCUUAAAGUGCCAGGCGUGUGGUUACCGCUCCACCACCACCUUCGAGGUGUUCUGCGACCGAGCUCUGCCCCUACAGAAGAGCUUUGCAGGGGGGAAGGUUUCCCUCCACGACUGCUUCAACCUCUUCACCAAGGAAGAGGAGCUGGACUCAGAAAAACGCCCUGUGUGCGACAAGUGCCGGCAGCGCACGCGCAGCACCAAGAAGCUGACGAUCCAGCGCUUCCCCCGCGUCCUGGUGCUUGCGUAUCCUUGUGGGGUCGGGGGGGCUUUUGGCGACGGGGUCGGGCUCCUCUUAGGGUCGCUGUCCCUUAACGGUGGCUUCUCAGACCUCAACCGUUUCUCCACCACUCGGUACUCCAUCAAGAAAUGCUCCGUCUUUGUCGAUUUCCCCCUGCAGCAGCUCAACCUGCGCGAGUUCGCCAGCGAGAAGGCGGGCAGCCCGGUGUACAGCCUGUACGCGCUGUGCAACCACUCGGGCAGCGUUCACUACGGCCAUUACACCGCCUUGUGCCGGGAUGCGGCCGGCUGGCGGCUCUACAACGACUCCGGUAGAGUUUCGCCCAUCAGUGAGAACCAGGUGCCGUCCAGUGAAGGCUACGUCCUCUUCUACGAGCUUCAGGACCCCCCCCGGCCGCCGGCCCUGAGCCCCCCCUUCCCCCCCCCCCCCACACCAAGGGCCGGGCCUGGGGGGGCCGGGACCCCCUUUGACCCUGGGACUGCAGACAGCUGGGGGGCGGCUGGAAGGAGCCCGCGCUGCCCCGGGACGGGGCUUUUGUGA